AUGCCCGUCGUUGCGGUGAUCGUAGACAAGCUGUCCCCUUUUGGUGCUGCUCUUGUUGAGCGUCUUCCGAAUCACGUAGUUGUGAGUUCCUGCGCGUCAAUCUACGCUGAGCGAUGUCAACUCUUUGUCAACUCCUAUUUCUGGUGCAUUUCUCUCAAUGCCUGCUCUUCUGCAUUGAACAGGACACCGACGAUCACCUGCAUCGUCGGCAACUCGCUCGCAGAUUUCCAAGAUGAGCACAAGGCCCUACAGGAAGUGGAGAUAAUCGUUUUUGCUGGUGACGCUGCUACAGUUGCUGAUCUCUGGCCUCAUUUUUCCCGGUUAAGAUGGAUCCACAGCCUCGCCGCGGGUGUUGAGGGAUUGGUUCCGGUGCUCAACUCCCUACCUGGUGGUCCGGACAUCCCUCUGACCAACGCCAAGGGGGCUUUCUCGAGAUCCCUGGCCGAGUACUCCCUGGCGGCGAUGCUGCACUUCAACAAGCAGAUCCCGAGGUUGCAGGGAAAUCGCUCCACAAAAACCUGGGACAAGUUCAUCAUGAAUGAGCUACAUGGACAAACAGUGGGCUUUCUUGGCUUCGGCGAUAUCGCACAAUGCACGGCGCGGCUCUGCAAGGCCUUUGGCAUGCGAAUCCUUGCCUGGCGAAACACGCGAGGAGCGUCCGGUGAGGAGUUGGCCGACGAAGUCUUCUAUUCCAGCGAUGGACCUGGUGCAAAGCAGGAGCAUGACAUCUUCAAAAACUCAGACUUCCUCAUUUGUAGUCUUCCUGGCGGUGCAUCAACCUACCACACCUGUGCAGAAGACCAGUUCAACGCCAUGAAGCCUACCUCCGUCUUCAUCUCGCUGGGUCGAGGUUCCUGCGUUGAUGAGGCAGCGCUGGAGGAAGCGCUCUUGAAGGGCAAGAUUGCCGGCGCAGCGCUGGAUGUUUUUGAGGAGGAGCCUUUGCCACCAGAUUCCCCGUUGUGGAGCUGUGAGAACUUGCUAAUAAGUCCGCACAAUGCAUAUAUGGCAAAUCAGAUGUACGUCGAAGAGAACUGGCAACUGUUUCUGGGUCGGCUAGAUGAGUUCAUGGCAGAAGGCUUUACCGGCUUCCAGGGUGUCGUUGACAUGUCGAAGGGGUACUGCUCCAUGAACGCAGUGUCAGCCGGCUUGCAAGCCCCAGCUCACCAUUUUGCAGCCCUGGGCAUGACGGCCGCGGAGGCCAUGACUGCGACCCCUGCCAUGGUGCAGAAGGCCGUAGAGGAGUUUGAGAAAGUGGUCGGUGCGCCGGAUGGAGAUCCUCUCUGCACGGCUGCCCUGGGCAGAGUAAAGGCCGCAGGUAAGGCAGUCGAAGCAAUGCUUAGUCUGGACUCCUUCGGAACACAUCAGCUUGCGGAGCUUUGCUAUGUUAUGGAUGAUGAGGGUGGCAUUGUGCCGGACACCGAGGGCAUGGCCCGGCCUGAAGUUCACGGAGCUUUUGUUGCAGCAGUUCUGACCAAUCUGGCGUCCGCUUCGCCAGAGGGUGCAGACAGAGCGUGGGGCAUCAUGGGGGAGGUGGUGGAUGCUGCAGCCAGACCCGUGGUCCAGCUGUGGUCGCCUCCACCCGAAAGUAGAGCGGUUAGCACUGCUCGCGCCAUGGGCCUUCGAGACCUCAAGAGGCCGCGAAAGUUGGUGGGCCUUGAGAUCGUUAGCGAGGUCAUCCAUGUGGAGGACAACAGCACAUGCUGCAUCAUGCUCCUGACAGAAGGGAUGUCAGAAGUCACCGAGGCUCAGAUUGCCGAGGCUGUCACGGUGCACAAAGGCAAGCCGAAGGCAGCCUGCCUACGUGUUGCCCAGGGUGCUUCGGCCUCCAAUAGAAAGAAGGAAAUGUCGUCGUCGGAGCAGGCGAGAGCCGUGGGGGCCUUGGCAGCCUUUGUCGAUGUCAAUGACGACAUCCUGACUCAAGCAGCUGACCAGGCGCAAGCCGCUAAACGGUUGAGGACCGCAGACGGGAGACUUCUGCCAUCGGCAAAGCCACCGUCGAGGAUCCGAAUCGCACACAUCCUUCUCAAAUGCCAGCCAGCUAGUGGCAUUGCUCCAUCUGAUCCACAGGCACGAAGAGCCGCUCCCGCAGACCGGACUCAGGCAGAUGCGGAAGCAAAGCUCUUGAGUCUGCUGGAGGUUCUGCAUCAGGCUUACAACAACGGUCCAGAAGCUGGCGCCAACAAGCGCUUGACGGCAAAGUUCGCAGAGCUCGCCAAGGAGAAUUCCGACUGCAAGUCUGCGACGGCUGGAUCGCUGUCCGAUUUAGGAUGGAUCACACAGGGCCAGCAGGGGAAGGAAUUCGAUGCAGCAGCGUUCGAGCUCCCUGUCGGUGGUCUCAGUGACAUCAUCGUCACUCAGCGUGGUGUCCAUGUGCUACACCGCCUCGCAUAA